AUGUUUAUUGUUCUAAUGUACACACUAGUAGUUGGAUGUGUUGCCAAAUGGUUUACUCCUGGACCUCCACUUUCCGAAGAAUGCAGUAAAAACGAGGAGCGUGUCAGAUGUGCCUACGACUGCGAACCUCAAUGUGGAUUUGAGCCAACAGUGUGCAGUUUCGAAUGCAAGCCAAACGCGUGUGUAUGCAAAACAGGAUACGUCAGAAACACCAAAAACGAAUGCGUUCAUCGUCUAGAAUGCACACCAGAGACUUCCAUGUGUCCUGAGGACGAGGAGUUCCAUACAUGCGGAGCCCCGUGUCAGCCAAGCUGUGAAGAUCCAUACCCAACAGAGUGUCCGUACGAUCAAUGUAUCCGAAGUGUGUGCCGAUGUCUUCCAGGAUUUGUCAGAAACGGUCCAGUGUGCACACCGUUGAGUGACUGCAGAAAAAUUCCAACCCGUCCACUUGAGCUUUUCACAUUGUAA